AAUAUUAUCGAGCAAUGCAUUGUGGGAAUUCAAAAUGGAGGUCUAUGUUUUCUGCUGGUAGUUAGUUAGCCCUUAUGUCCUAUGUUAUGUAGCCGUCCGCGGUCACUGUGUGUUUCUACGAGGUACACGCUAAUGUAUUUGUGCAACAUGGGGACGUUGUCCUUCGCCCGUAGAGCGUUCACUUCCGCCGCUGCCGCCGGCGUUUACUCCAGAAAACACGCCGGUUUGUUUGCAUCGUCUCUCCCCGACUUUUCGACACCUGCGGGGGUCCGGGCGAAGAGGUACGCCCAGGAUUCAGCGACGGGCAAAAAUGACCCGGCGAAGUUUGUGUGCUACCACCUCCCACACAGGACCCUGCUCAAAAUCCAGGGACAAGACACGAGCCCGUUUCUUCAGGGGAUCAUAACCAAUGACAUGGGGCUGCUGGACGAGCCCGAGCACAGAGCCAUGUACUCACACAUGCUGAAUGUACAAGGAAGAACACUAUAUGACAUCAUGUUGUACAGCCUGAAAGAAGCAGAGGAAGGACACGGUGUCUUCCUGGAAUGUGACAGUAUGAUUAAGGACUCGAUCUUAAAGCACUUGAAGGUGUACAAGAUCCGUAGAAAGGUCAGCAUUAGCCCCUGUCCAGAGCUCUCUGUGUGGGCGGUGUUUUCCCAGAAAGACGACUUGGGUCAAGCCACCAGAAAACCCGAACUCUCUUCCCCCGAGAAAGCUCUGGUAUGGGAGGCUGAUCCUCGAACUCAACAAAUGGGCUGGAGAUUGGUGUUGCACAAUCAAGCUGAUCCCCGGGACGUCGUUGUUGCAUGUGCGAAAGGAGACACAGAGGAUUAUCACAGACAUCGCUAUGCAAUAGGACUUCCUGAGGGAGUCAAGGACCUUCCUCCUGGGGUGGCGCUACCUCUAGAAUCAAAUCUCGCCUACAUGCAGGGUAUCAGCUUUAGCAAGGGCUGUUACAUCGGCCAGGAGCUCACAGCCAGGACUCAUCACACGGGGGUGAUUCGGAAACGCCUGAUGCCAGUACGCUUGUCGUCUCCAGUCAGAGACCUGGAGGAUGGAGCCGCACUGCAAACGCAGUUAGGCAAGCCAGCUGGGAAGCACAGGGCAGGGGUGGGAGAGCUGGGUCUGAGCCUGAUACGUGUGGCUCAUGCCAAGGAGGUAUUAACACUCAAAACUUCUGAUGACACCUCAGUGACACUUGAGGCCUCUGUGCCCGACUGGUGGCCUAGAGAUGAGAAAACCGGCUGAGGGGAAGGAGGUUUUGUAGCUGCCUAAAAUGUGAUAUUCAUCAAAUGUGACAAACUUCGUAGACAGAACACCGGAAAUACACUAUGUUUCACUGUCAACACUCCACAGCUGCAUGGCACUGAUCCAUGCUCAUGAAUUCUUUUGCUUUGACCUACUUUAGAGUGGUUUUAUUAAAUUGUAGGAGUAUUAUUUAUUACAGAGCUUUAUUGUCUGUUAUUCAAUAAAUACGCCAAACACAAAUACA